AUGAAGUUCACCACCACCCUCAUCCUCGCCCUCACGGCCCUCGUCUCGGCGGCUCCCCAGCCCGACAGCGAGAUCGACGCGCGCCAGACCUGCGUCUACGACUGCGGCUGCUCCUCUGGCAGCGGCGAGCCCUCCCCUCCUCCUGACACGGCCACCUGCUGCCGGUCUGUUGGUGGGACUUUGGGCAACGGAGGCACUCUCUGCAACGGCCUCACCUUUGCCCAGGGCACCUCUUAUGCUCGUUGCUGCGCCUCCCCUGGCUUUGUCUGCUUUGCUCCUAGGGGCUGCACGCCUGUUACUGUUUAAGUGGGGUUGAAAAUGGGUUGGAGUGGCAAGGGUAGUAGUCACGGCUGCUUGGGGGGUUGGCAGGGGGAGCUAUCUAUGGUUGUGACUAUU